AGGAUGUUGCGUCUGUGCUGCCGAUUAGGCUGAUCAGAGCCGGAGCAACGAUGCAGUGACAGUCUACAGGAAGACGCACGGGCGCGCGCGCACACACACACACACACACACACACACACACACACACACACACACACACACACACACAGAGAGAGAGAGAGAGAGAGAGAGAGAGAGAAGAGGGAGCCGGAGGGAGAGUAAACACAGGAUUGCGCACGAGAAAUGAUCCGCUCCUAGACUAUGGCACCGUCGGGCUCGCGUAGUAUCAAGAAGGGCUGUCAGAGAGUUUUGUACUGGAUCCCGGUCGUCUUCAUCGUCCUCAUAGUGGCUUGGUCAUACUACGCCUAUGUUUUGCAGCUUUGCAUAGAGUCUAUAGAAAACACGGGAGAGAAGGUUGUGUACUUGCUGGUGUACCAUGUCAUUUUCAUCAUGUUUGUGUGGGCGUACUGGCAAACCAUCUUCACCAAGCCCAUGAACCCCCUGAAGGAGUUUCACCUGUCCUACUCUGACAAAGAGUUGCUGGAGCGUGAAGAUCGAGGAGAGUCUCAGCAGGAGAUCCUGAGGAGGAUAGCCAAGGAUCUGCCCAUCUACACCCGUACCAACUCUGGAGCAAUCCGUUUCUGUGACCGCUGCCAGCUGCUGAAGCCUGAUCGAUGUCACCAUUGUUCAGUCUGUGAUAAAUGCAUCCUGAAGAUGGAUCACCACUGCCCGUGGGUGAACAACUGUGUGGGAUUCUCCAACUACAAGUUCUUCAUGCUGUUCUUGGCGUACUCGCUACUCUACUGCCUUUUUAUAACUGCUACAGAUCUUCAAUACUUCAUUAAAUUUUGGACGGCUGGAGGUAGAGCCCAUUUCCGUCUGAGAGAAUACCUGAACGGACUCCCAGACACUCAGGCGAAGUUCCACAUCCUGUUCCUCUUCUUCUCGGCCUCCAUGUUUUCAGUCAGCCUGGCUUCGCUUUUCAUCUACCACUGCUGGCUCGUCUGCAAGAACCGAUCCACUCUGGAGGCUGUGCGUUCUCCAGUAUUUCGCCACGGUACAGACAAGAACGGUUUCAGUCUGGGCUUCAGUAAGAACUUCCGCCAGGUCUUUGGUGAUGAAGUGAAAUACUGGCCCAUUCCUGUUUUCUCCAGUUUAGGGGACGGUUGCUCGUUCCCAACAUGUCUGGUGAAUCUGGAUCCCGAGCAGCCCUCAUCUCCCACUGGCUCCAACCCUGCCAACAAGGGUGCAGCAGAGGGCCGCCAGUUCCCCUCCAAGCCACUGAGGGAGUCUCAGAGUCGGCUGCUCACUAGCACCCCCUCCUGGACAGAGAGUGACAGUGCAACGGAGAAAGAAAAGAAGGGUGCCAGCAACCCAGGGAUGACCAUAGAGAAUGAGGCGUAACCAGAGUUGGAGAUAAAGGUGAAACCUUCAACCCAGAAAAGUCUAUGCUGCCCCCUCUUCGGUGUUUGUGCCUAUCAGAACGUGACGUGGUGGUGACUCCAUCGGUAUUUGUUGUUCUCCAUACUGCACCCUGCUUCUGAGAGGUUUACAUCACUGGUGUCGCAUAUGAAACCAGAGAAAAAAAAACAAUCAUCAGUAUUACUGUUAUUGUUAUAAGCAACAAUUCCUGCUGCUAUCUGAAAGUAUUUUGGGCUUCAGAACAAGUGGAUUGAAGUUAAUAUUGCAUUCCAACUAUCACUAUUUUAUUUUGUUUGUAUAUGAAUAAGCACAGAGCAGCAAUGGAAGAGAUGAUUUUGCACUUUGUACACUAGGAGGAUCAAUCUGAGCUGCUUUUGUAUGCUACAGUAGAAUUAUCACAGGUUUAUUUGUUUUAUGUUAUUUUCAUAGCUUAGCACAUAAAGUAACGGCUAUCAUGAGUUUGCCAAAUGUUUUCACACUAAGUAUAGAUUAGUAGUGGUGUUAAUGUGAUGUAACUGAUAAAAACUGAUAUUCCUUUAGCCAUUUUUCUUUUUUUAGUGAAGUUUUUUGGGUUUUUUUGUUUUUCUUUCCCACCAUGUUGUGGAAGUUCAAAUGAUGCAUGCUCUCAUCUCAGGAUGUCAACACAAACACACUUUGUUGUAGUGAACUGUACCACAAGAUGAUGUUCUCCCCUUUUGCUUGGAAACAACAACAACAAAAAAAAAAAAGUGUAUUAAUUAGUAAUCUGAAUAAGGGCUCUUCUGACUCGUUAUAGCAUGAGUGAGGAUAUUGCUGUCACACUGAAACACCUGAGAGCUGGUGCUGCUCUGUGCUGCGACAGCGUGUGCCCCCCCACCACCUCUGCCAAAUAUCUAAACUGCUGUCUGGUAGCAUACAGUCAAACUGCCGGCCAAAAAAAGCUUUCCGACUGUCUCUGGAGGGCCGGCACACCAGCCUCUGUGUAAUGCUGCAGAUCUGUUCACCAUCUAAAAAAAAGCAGAUACUGUUGAGUGUUUUUCUAACUCACAACACGAUGCUGUGGAUGCACUGCAGAGCAAAAAACAAACAAAAAAAAACUAAACAGAAAACAGCUCCAGUCGCUUUGUACAGUAUAUUUUCACCUUCUGAGGAUUCUGUCUGUUCUCGUCUCUGGCUGGAAAUAAAAUAUCACUUUAAAUUAGAUGGAAGAAUGUAUGCCUGUUUAAAAAAAAAAAAAGCUCCAUGGUAACAGUCAGUGUCAAUCUAUAUUUUUCUAUUCUUCUGCCUGUAUGACUCAAGAGACAAUAUGGAUGUGUGAGGUAAUGUACUGUACAGUUGUGAUGCCUUAUAAGAAUAAAACGAGCUCAUCUUCA